AGUUGCUGCGACGGAAGCAGGAACUUGCGAACCACAAGCCAGCUGGCCCGGAGGCAGCUGCGGAGCAUCCCCUGCCGCUCCACUGAGAGCCUGGCGCUGAGUCGCCGCUGCUGUCCCCGAGGGCGCCCUCGCACGGGUUGGGCCUCAGGGGCACCGGGUCCCCUCGGCGCCAGAGAGAAAUUCAGUCAUCUGUGCAAUCUUCUUGAAGCAAACUAAGACCAGACAGAGGCUUCUCCUUGACCUUUGAAGACUAAAACUAUACUGAAAUCUAAAAUGUUGUCUGGAGGAGAACGGACCUUGACCUACACUUCUGUGACCAUUUGUCUCCUGACAGUGAGGCUGUCCGCCAGUCAUGACUGUCCUGCCUGGAGCCUGGGAGACGUGGUCAUUGACAUCCAGUCCUCUCUUACGAGGGGAAUCAGAGGCAAUGAGCCCAUACAUACGCUAACUCAAGAAGACUGCAUUGAUUCUUGCUGUUCAACAAAAAACAUAUCAGGGGACAAAGCGUGUAACUUGAUGAUCUUCGACACUCGAAAAACAGCUAGACUGCCCAACUGCUACCUGUUUUUCUGUCCCAGUGAGGAGGCCUGUCCAGUGAAACCAGCGGAGGGGCUUAGGAGUUACAGGAUAAUUAGAGAUUUUCCUUCAUCAGGCAGAGCUGAUGGGCCAAGCUCAGCAGUCAGUCCCACACCCCCUCGUCUCCCAGGUUAUUCAAAGCCCAUGGAUACCUUAUGGAGAGAUGCAUUUUCUCGGAAGUCUGGAGCUUCAGAUCGCUUGGAGAAGCUGUUCACGACUGAUCCUGUGAGCACACGGUUCCCCGUUUAUAAAGAAAACGCCCAUUCUCAGAGCUCACAGUUAUUCUCAGAACAAAGAACAGCCCAUCUGCUGCCUGAAAAUGUGACAACAGUCCCCACUGCAGAGGCCGUUGCUUCUCCACACAGCCUCCCUGCUGCGCCAGAGCCCGCGGUUCUUUUCCCCACCAGAGCUCCUGCCAUACCGCCCGUGACUCCCCAACUGCAGGUGGCCACCACAGCUCCGCCUGCGGGGACCCUCGAUUCUCAGCCUCCCACAGUCUCUUCUACACUUUUGACACGUGCUGUGGUUACCCCCCAAGCUAACGUGACUGUAACAGCCGUGCCAACUACCAUCUUUCAGGUACCUACAGACUCGCAAGGCCUAGCAGAAACCGUGCCCUUUAGAGAGAUGUCCAACCUAACUUGGACGGCAGAGGCAGCCCAUAGCUCUGCUACAGGUCUUUCGCCCAAUGUGGAUUCUUCUACAAGCAAAACGGCUUCCCAGGAAAAUGGGAAGACCAGUGCGGGCGGCUCCUCCCGGCACAGUUUCCCAGAAAGUCAGCACGACCUCCCAUUUGAAAAGUGGCUCCUCGUCGGGGCCCUGCUCUUUGGUGUUCUGUUCCUCACGAUAGGCCUCGUCCUCCUGGGGAGAAUAUUCUUGGAAUCCCUGCGCAGGAAGCGUUACUCCAGACUUGAUUACUUGAUCAAUGGGAUCUAUGUUGACAUGUAAGGACAAAGCUAGAUGUCUCUUAAUUUAUGUGGUUCCUUGUAGUCCACACAUACUGAGUUUCUGCUGACUUGCUGAUUUUAGGGUUUUUGAAGUACUCAAGGCAGGCAAAUGCCCCUACCACUUGUUUUUGCUUUUUUUUCUUAAGGGGAAAGAAAACAAAUUGGGUAAUUUGUAUGAUAUAUCUCUAAAAUACUAGCUGAGAGCAAAGCUCUACCUAAAAUAAUAAAGUACGAUUGCCAUAUAAAUUUGAAAAGUGACUGGCAUUUUGCAAAAAAGAAAAUGUUAGAAAUUUUAGGCUCCAAUUUGUUUAUAUUUCUAGUUCCAGAGAAAGUCAACUAUUUAUGAUAUUAAUUCUAAUGGAUUUUACUUUCCUUUUUAUAUAUAUUCCAAUAAAAUUUAUUCCAGAUAUACUUUCUUCUAAUUAAAUAUUUGAAUAAAUCUUUUGCUACUAAGUAAUGUUCUUGUAAGUUGUAUGCCCAUCUGGAUACCUUUCCAUUCUACCAGCAAAAUGAUUAAAUGAUGAAAAUAUGUGUUCUAAGUUAGGAUGACAACCCCCUCCCCCCUUAUCGUCAGUGAGCAAAGAGGUUACUUUGGGAGAAUUCUAGCAGAGUAUUAGCCUACAUGGAGACAAUGAUAAGUCAGUUCUGAUAAAUGGCCAAAUCUGUUGGGUUGGCCAAAGAGUUCAUUUAGGUUUUUCCAUACAAUGGCUCUAGUAGUGCUUAGUUAUCUUUGAUUUCAUUCAGAACAACUUUAUUUGAUUGUAUCGUGACAACUGUCAUAGCAGGGUGCAUUUAAAAAGAUCUUAUCCAAAUUUAUGCAUUUUUGUGCAGCCAUUUUAAUAUUGGAGAUGGAAUUAAAUGGAUAACACUUUUAGUGUAUUAUGCUGCAUUAUUUCAAGAAAGGUAAAAACUCAAUUGAAACACCCAAAAAAGAUUUGUGCAGUGUGUGGAGAAGGUGCUGUGACUGAUCAAACACAUCGAAAGUGGUUUGCAACGUUUCUUGGUACCAUUGACAUUUUGGCCAAAUAAUUCUUUGCUGCGGGUCUGUCUUAUACACUGGAAGAUGUUUAGCAACAUCCCUGACCUCCACCCACAAGAAGCCAACAGGAGGAGACAACCAACAUACUAAAAAUAUCCAAAUCAAUAAAGUUAU